AUGGAGUCACGUACUAUGGAACACCGCAGAGCCAACUAUAAGAAUAAAGGUGGUUUGAAGCAAGACGAUCUUAGGCGUCGCAGAGAGGAGCAGCAAGUUGAGAUCAGAAGGCAGAAGCGCGAGGAGAAUAUCGCGAAAAGGCGUAAUUUCCUCCCCUCAGCUUCAGCCGACUCAGAUGAUGAAGCGACGACAAGCAGUUGGGAGCCUCCGCUUGCGGAAGAAAUGAUCAGUGGCGUGUUCUCUAAUGAUCCCGAUCGCCAGUUGGAUGCAACUACGAAGUUCCGCAAACUGUUGUCAAAGGAGAGGAACCCUCCAAUCGAGAAAGUCAUCGAAUGUGGUGUUGUUCCCCGUUUUGUCGAAUUCCUUCGGACUGGUGCUUCCAUGUUGCAGGUUGUUAUCUCCGCUGGAGCCGUCCCUGAGUUCAUCAACCUCCUGUCAUCGCCAGUUCUCGAUGUUCGUGAGCAGGCGGUAUGGGCCCUUGGGAACAUCGCGGGUGAUAGCCCACAAUGCAGAGAUUAUGUCCUGCAACAAGGGGCAUUGAGGCCGCUCCUCACGUUGCUAAGCGAAAAUCACAAACUUAGCAUGCUCAGGAAUGCUACAUGGACCCUGAGUAACUUCUGCAGGGGCAAAAACCCUCAGCCUGACUGGGAACUGAUCUCUCCUGCGUUGACCGUCUUGACCAAACUCAUUUACUCGCUCGAUGACGAAAUUUUGAUUGAUGCAUGCUGGGCUAUUUCAUACCUUUCAGAUGGUUCAAACGACAAGAUCCAAGCAGUUAUCGAGUCAGCUGUAUGUCGGCGCCUCGUUGAUCUGCUUAUGCACAGUUCAACCUCCGUGCAAACGCCCGCUCUUCGUUCAAUCGGCAACAUUGUUACUGGAGAUGAUCUUCAGACUCAGGUCGUUAUCGCGUCUGGGGCCUUGCCCGCUCUCCUUUCGCUACUAUCUUCCCCAAAAGAGGGUAUCAGGAAAGAAGCAUGCUGGACAAUCUCCAACAUCACCGCUGGGUCGCCUCCCCAAAUUCAGGCAGUCAUCGAUGCCAAUAUUAUUCCCCCACUUAUCAACAUCCUUUCCAAUGCCGACUUCAAAACGCGGAAGGAGGCCUGCUGGGCAAUUUCGAACGCAACGUCCGGCGGUCUUCAUGAACCAGCGCAGAUCCGCUAUCUCGUCUCGCAAGGCUGUAUCAAGCCACUCUGCGACCUCCUCACUAUGAUGGAUAACAAAAUCAUUCAAGUUGCUCUUGAUGGGCUCGAUAACAUUCUGAAGGUCGGCGAGACGGAUAAACAGGCUGGAGGUCCCGGAUCCGUCAACCAAUAUGCUCUAUAUGUCGAAGAGGCAGGCGGUAUGAUCACCAUCCACAACCUCCAAUCACACGACAACCUGGAGAUAUAUAAGAAGGCAUUCAAUAUCAUGGACAAGUACUUCCCAGACGAGGAGGAAGUGGAUGCAGCAAUUAGCGCACCUAAUGUUGAUGCUAGUGGUGCAUUUGCCUUCCACUCAGAUGUCACUGCUCCUCAAGGAGGCUUUAGUUUCGGCCAACAGUGA